GCGGCGCUGGUGUAUUUUGUGUGUCUUACCUUUUUCGCCACUUCAGCCCUCCGAACAGGGCCGGUUUCAUGAGGCGGAGGGAAGGGAGAGGCAGCUUUCUCAGAUGCUGCCCUUUUGCAGACGCACCUGUCACCUCAAAGGCCGUAUUUCUUAAGAGUUUAGUGUUUCUCAGUCCUGCCCUGCCUAUAUGUCUUGCUGCCUGGCGGUCCUUUGGCAGCGCCUUAGCGACCGUGACUGACGGCUCGGCUGUGCCACCCCUGCCUCCGCACACCGCGCCUGCCACAACAGUCAGUCCGCUCGCCCCAUCUGUUUGCUGCUGUCCGUCUGCAGCGUGUUCUGCUCUCACCAGCGCCGGUCCAACCGGCAGCUCCCUCCGUAUGUGUCUUCUUGCAGCAUGAGGAUGGAGGAGUAGGGGCGUGGGGACACGAAGUAGCCGCCUCCGGAGUGCGGGCGCGACGGGCACGCCAGCCCGGCCCUGCCUCAGUCCCUACGCCGCCACGCCCAAGAACUCUGCCCGCUCCUCACUGGGGACUGCUGCGGGCUGCCCCGCGGAGCUCGCCGUGUGUGUCCCGCCGCUGACCCCGGCACUAGCGAAGGCCAUACGUGCGGGCAGCGGCGGGGAGCUGCAGGUUCGGCCUCCCCAGAACCGCCCGGGGUGGGCGGCGCGGGGCCGGGUCAGGCCCGCCCUGCCGCCAGGUGCAGUGCCGCCACCUGAGUGCCCAGGAAGUGCCGUCACGGCGGGUACCGGCGGGGAGGUGCCAGCGGGCCGGGUCAGACCGUUGCGCUGGCGGGCGCCGAGCCGGGGCUGUCGUCGCCAUGAGCAAGAUUUCCAAGUUUUUCAAGGGGGGCGGCUCGGCCUCUUCCAAGAGGCGCGGGGGGCCCUCGCCGCAGGAGGCGCUGGCCCGCCUGCGGGAGACGGAGGAGAUGCUGAGCAAGAAGCAGGAGUACCUGGAGACGAGGAUCGCGCGGGAGCUGGCGGCAGCUCGGCAGUACGGCACCAAGAACAAGAGAGCUGCCUUACAAGCACUGAAGAGAAAAAAGAGAUAUGAAAAGCAAUUGAGUCAAAUUGAUGGAACACUAUCAACCAUUGAGUUCCAAAGAGAGGCACUGGAAAAUUCCCACACCAACACAGAAGUGCUCAAGAAUAUGGGCUAUGCUGCACAAGCUAUGAAAAAAGUGCAUGAAAAUAUGGACUUGAACAAAAUUGAUGACUUGAUGCAAGAUAUCACUGAACAGCAAGAUGUUGCCCAGGAAAUUUCAGAUGCUAUCUCGAACCGAGCUGGCUUUGGUGAUGAGUUUGAUGAGGAUGAGCUGAUGGCAGAAUUAGAAGAACUGGAGCAAGAAGAAUUGAACAAGGGAAUGAGAGAUAUGAGACUGCCAAGUGUUCCGUCCACGUCGCUGCCUUCCCGCCCAGCAUCGACUAGGAGAAGAGCAGAGGAUGAAGAUGAAAUGAAGAAGCUGGCUGCUUGGGCUUCAUAGGAGCGUAGGGUUUUUAUUUCACUGAACGUUGCAGUGCAAGUGUAAAGAGCUGUAAUGCUCUUUUAUAACCACACCAAUUUAGUGUGGUUGCAUUUCAUACUGGCUGGGUUUUUUUUUAUGGCAAGUUUUGCUAAGAAUAGUGUUACUGCUCUAUUACCAAAGUAGCUGAAACAUAAACAAAACAAAGCAAGUUGCCAAAACAUCCAAGCAUCAAAGCUUUUUAUUUUCAGCCUUAGAGGGAGAUCUGCUUGUUGUUAGUGUCAUUUUUUGUUGGGUAAUGUCUUACUGUAUCCGGCUGGUAUGUACAACCUUGUGCCUCACUUCUGCAACUGGAUCCGCUGUGAAAUGAAGAAGCUCAAUGAGUCAUGAAGGCCUGAUCCUAGAGAGAUAUUUGGUUCAGACCAUUUGGCUGUUAGCCAAACAGCUUUGUACAUGUCCUGACUUGCAAGUUCCUUUGAGCCCAGGAGGUAAUAGUCAUUAAUUUGGGCAUUGAGAUUUAAACAGUCAACCUGGAGCAACUUAGGGUGUCCUAGAUAUUAAAAGAAGACUGUUCUGUAGGUUUCUUUUCAAGCAGGAGAGGUUUUUUGUUUCAACUUUGGCCAGAGUAUCCCAUGCAUUUCUAUCGGCCAGCUUGAAUUGUAUUUCCAAAUGAGUUAAGAACAGUUGUACAAUGCCUGGGGAAAAGGAAAUGUCCAAGUUCUUAGAGACCCCUCCCAAACAAAACAGUUUCCUGCUAACCCUGUCAAAAUUCCAGAAGAGGUUUGACCCUGUUCUCCUCCUGUUGAGUAUUCAGUUCUGUUGCUUAGUUUGUGAAUGGAAACAAUGCCAGUGUGUUGCAUUUGAAAUGCCUUUUUAAGCCUGGUUAAAAGAUGGUUCUGGGUUACUUAUAAAGCUGACAUACUGCUGCCCAACUGACAGUGCACCUGAGGAACACAUGCCACUCUUGAGUGGAGAAAUCACUGGCAAUAGGCUGCUUUGCACCAACAAAUUUUAGUAGCUAAGACUUCAGCUCUGUGCUGGUAGCUGUCAGUCAUAGGGAAAUAGUAAAACAUUAGGAGUUCCUAGGGCUGUGGGAAGCAGAGGCACAUUGAUCUCUGUUUCUUCACAUGAAUUUGUAUUUACUGAUGAUUGAGCCAUUGGGGAAACUUGGGUUUCUGUAGACCCAUAGCAAGAAGAGACUGAUCCCUUCUCCUCUGGGUUUUAACCUGUGGCUUGCUGAGUGUUAAGUGUUGACAGGCUUGCAACAGGCUUCAACUUCUCUGAUCUUAGGCUAAGCAUUACCUAAUGUGUGUUUCUGGACAUGGUGUGCUCAGAAUCUUUCAAGUUGAGUUCCAUGGAUGAAACCCAAAAUUUACAAACGCUGUGGAGAAGUUUAGUUUUCCAGGCCUGUUUCAUUCUGUGUAGUGCAGUUGCUUUUGGUUUGCUUCCCUAUGAAAGGAGAAUCAAGCCUUGCCACUUGACUUCAGAUAAACUUCCUACUGGAAAAAAUUCUGUUGAUUCUAUGCCAGAGUUUGGAGGUACCAGCAAAAUUGUCUCUUUGUGUUGAUAAUAUUUUAAAUAGGGGAAAAAACCCCAAACAUUCCAAAACAACAACCCUACAAUAGCCUGCCUUAAAUUUUAGAAUACAUUUUGAACUCUCACCAGGAACCCAAACACUAACAAAAUGUUAGUUUCAAUGUUUGGUGAGGUGCCAGCUGAAAGCAGCAUAUUUAAUAAAGCAACAAAUAAUUCUGAGUUCCUUACAAUCCAUUUGCUACUCUUUCUGGCUAGAAUCCUGUUUGCAAGGUACACAGUUUCUGCAAGUCUCUGAAUUGGGUACAACAGUGGCGGAAGCACUGCAAGGCUGGCUCUGUGCUUGUGGACAUACCUGGUACUUCUGAAUGCAGGGCCAUGCCAACACAGUGCCAAGCUCAGCUUGGGAAAGCUGGCUUCCAGUACUUACCAUGGUUGAGUCAGUAGUUUUUGACUACUUAGCAUUUCUGUAGCACUUGGCAUGUUUCAGGUGUUCUACAACCUGGCCAAAAUACAUCUCCAAGUUUCCAGUUUGAAACUAAAAUGAUUUUUCAGUCUGCUUUGGAACCUGUGGACCUGCUGGGUUUUGUGCAAGAACUUUCCAUGUGAAUGCACUGCAGGGGAGAAGAAAUCUUAGUGAGGGUUUCUCCUUUGCAAGCUAGCAUCUAGCUGCUGACCUCCAGCAGUGUUUUGGCCAAGUGUUGAUCCUGGGAAGCUUCUGGUGUCUUCAGAUUACUGAUUUCAGACUAGGCACUUUAGGAACAAGAUUUGUGAAGGGUGAAGCAAAGAAACAGAUAAUUUGGGUGAGCUUCUCUAAAACCUUGUGUGUAGCGGUUGGUGGUUCUGGAAGAUAGCCACAUACACUUCACAGGCUAGGACAUGUAAAGGGUUGGACUUGAUGAUCUGUGAGGUCUCUUCCAACCCUGAUGAUGAUACUGUGAUGUGGUUGAAGCUAUACUCAUGGAUCCUGUAGUCAUGCAGACAAACCAAAAUGCAGUAUGGAUCUCCAGAACUGAAGUGCAUGCUCCAUUUUUGUUUGGGGACAGUAGAAGGCUGGCUUUUCCCAAAAGCAAAGGGGUUCUAGGAGUUAAUUUGGCCUAGGAGGCAACUCUUUCCUGUGUAAAUUCAGAUGAUGCUGGGUCAAGUGGCUCUGCCUUUUUUGCACUUGUCUCUCUCCAUGCAGGGUGGUGUUUGUGCAGUGUGUAAGCAAACAAGAGGGAGCAGUGUCAACGUGUCACUGUAAAUGUUAACUGGAACAUAUUUUACAUGAGCACUGUGGCAGCAGAUGGUGAACUAGAGCCAUCUUCCUUGUUUCUUAUUUAUUUUAUGACUUCUCUUAACAGCCUCAGACAUUUUUAGUCUGAACAGCUUUAAAUAAGGGGAAAUACAUGAAUUAAAAAAAAUAGCUGAUGUAAAUACA